AUGUCCAACUCAAACAAAAGCAAGAAGGACAAAGAAAUCCUGGCGGAGUAUGAGAGUCAGGUCAAAGAUGUGCGGACACAGUUGGUGGAGCAGCAGCGUUGCCUGGAGCAGCAGACGGAGAUGCGGGUCCAGCUGCUCCAGGACCUGCAGGACUUCUUCAGGAAAAAGUCCGAGAUCGAGACGGAAUAUUCCCGAAACCUGGAGAAGCUCGCCGAGCGGUUCAUGGCGAAGACACGCAGCACGAAAGAUCAUCAGCAAUACAAAAAAGACCAAAAUCUGCUUUCACCGGUCAACUGCUGGUACCUGCUGCUGAACCAGGUGAGGAGAGAGAGUAAGGACCACGCCACGCUCAGCGACCUCUACCUGAACAACGUCAUCACACGCCUCACUCACAUCAGCGAGGACUCGGCCCGCCUGCUGAAGAGGAGCAAAGAGAUCAUCUUUCAGCUUCAGGAAGAUCUCAUGAAGCUCCUGAACGAGCUUUACACAGUGAUGAAGACCUACCACAUGUACAACUCGGAGACGGUGAACGCGGAGACCAAGCUGCGGGAGGCGGAGCGUCAGGAGGGCCGCGUGAAGGGCGUGACGGCGACGAGCGGAGGGGUGGAGCCUGUGUUCGGCCUGCGGAUAGAGGAGCGCCACCAGAGACGCAACGCCGCGCGCAAGAUGGAGAAGAUGAGAGAGAAGAGGAAGGCAAAGUACUCGGAGAACAAACUGAAGGCUCUUAAAGCGAGGAACGAGUACCUGCUGACUCUGGAGGCCACGAACGCCUCCGUGUUCAAGUAUUACAUCCACGACCUGCCGGACAUCAUAGACUGUUGUGACCUAGGGUACCACUCCAGUCUGAGUCGGGCCCUGAAGACCUACCUAUCAGCCGAGCUGAGCCUUGAGGCCUCCAGGAGGGCGGGGCUGGAGGUGCUAGAGGGCGCCGUCGAGGGCCUGGACCCCGCCCGCGACCGGCAGCGCCUGCUGGGCCUCUACCCCACCGCCUUCUGCCCCCCCCAGCGCUUCAGCUUCCAGGCCCACAUGGGAGACGCAGUGACCCAUAUCGCCUCCCAGCCUCAGGUCCAGGCCGAGCUCUCCCUCCGUCUCACUCAGCUCCAGACCCGCCUGGCGUCGCUGAAGAUCGAGAAUGAAGAGGUGAAGAAGACCUGGGGUGCGACCCUGACGACGCUGCAGGACGUGACGGUGCUGGACAACUACGACGUCUCCCAGAGCUUCACCCACAGCCCGUCCUCCGAGUCGGUCAAGUCCAGCGUGUCGGACGGUUACUUGAACAAGCCGAGUCUGGCCAAGAGACGGGCCAACCAUCAGGAGACGGAGCUCUUCUACUUCAACAAGUUCCGCGAGUAUCUGGAAGGAAGUAAUCUCAUUUCCAAACUCCAGGCCAAACACGACAUCCUGAAGAAAGCUUUAGCAGAAGGUUAUAAAUCUGAUCUGCUAACUACAAGUCGUGGGCGUAAGAACUCUCACAGCAAACACCAGGACUCAACCAAAGCCAUACCCCUGCUGGUGGAGAGCUGCAUCCGCUACAUCAAUCUACACGGCCUCCAGCAUCAGGGGAUAUUCCGGGUGUCAGGAUCUCAGGUGGAGGUCAACGAUAUCAAGAACUCCUUCGAAAGAGGUAACGACCCGCUGAUCGACGAGGAGAGCAACCAUGACAUCAACUCUGUGGCCGGAGUGUUGAAGCUCUACUUCAGGGGUCUGGAGAACCCGCUGUUCCCCAAGGAAAGAUUCAACGACCUCAUCUCCUGCGUCCGAAUAGAAAACCUUUACGAGAGAGCGCAGUGCGUCCGCAAGAUCCUGCUGGGCGUCCCGAGGGCGACUCUGGUGGUGAUGCGUUACCUGUUCGCCUUCCUCAACCAUCUUUCCCAGUACAGCGAUGAGAACAUGAUGGACGCUGGGAACCUGGCCAUCGUGUUUGGCCCCACCCUCCUGCCCACGCCGGACACGCUGGACCAGGUGGCGUGUCAGGCGCACGUGAACGAGGUCGUCAAAACGGUCAUCCUGCACCACGACAACAUCUUCCCCGACACCAAGGACCUGCCCGGACCGGUGUACGAGAAGUGCAUGACUGGAGACCAGUACUGCGAGAGUCCAUUCAGCGAGCCGGGAGCGCUGGAGGAGGCCGAGCCCGACGCCGGCACCGAGACCGCGACCAGCGACGAGGAGGGCGAGGGCGUGGAGGCGGUGGCGAGGUUCGACUACACGGGCCGCUCGGGCCGCGAGCUCUCCUUCAAGAAGGGAGCGUCCCUGCAGCUCUUCCAGCGGGCGUCACAUGACUGGUGGGAGGGGCGGCUCAACGGGAACCUCGGCCUGGUGCCUCAUCAGUACAUCGUGCUGAAGGACAGGCGAGUGCACGGCCGAGGGGAUCUGGCCGACGCCAUGUCCGACUCGCUCAGUCAGAAGGCGGACAGCGACGGCGGCAGCAGCAGCACCGACGACAAGAGGUCCAGGAGCGAGCUGAGCUCCCCCACCGACAUCCGACCUCCUGAGACCUACAACAGUCACAGGAGGAAGCGAACUGACGGUUUGUUCCGGCGUCCGCUCGGCCGCUCCAACGACAACCACGGGAACCUGGAGCGCAGCUCGCCGCCCGUGACGGGUCACUUCAGCCCCAGGGAGCUGCUGCUGGGGCGUGGUCAGGGCAUGACCCCGCCCCUCGACAGCCCAGAGCGCCGCCGCCGCUCGGCCGCUGUGACCAUGACCGUGAGCCGACAUGAUUCGCUGCGAAGGCCUGAGGACACGCCCAUCCGGCGCUCGAGCAGCGGGCAACAUGGCUUCAGUGACUCCCAUCGGACCAGAGCACUGGACCCUGAGACACUGGCACAGGACAUCGAGGAGACGGUGACGGUGGCGCUGGGCGAGCUGCGGCAGCUGGAGCGGGGGGGCUGCCGGCCGGCGCCCGACGUGGUGCUGGACACUCUGGAGCAGGUGAAGAACGGCCCCAUCACCACCUGCUCCUCCGAGUCUCCCAGCCCCCACAGCACCCCCAGCACCCCGGGCACACCUGGAACCCCCGGGACCCCCGGCACCCCGAGCCCCCUCAGUCCCCUGAGCCCCAUGAGCCCGCUCCCCGGGCCCCCGCCUGGACCCCCCCGACCAGCCAACCCCUCCCCUGACGCCAUGGGCUCCUUCAAGCCGGUGGCAGCCGCCCGCAUGGGGGCUCCGCUGAGGCCCCCCGCCCUGAGGCCCAAGCCCAUAGUCCCACCUAAGAGCAGCACCCCCCCUCUGCCCCCACCUCUGGACAAAUCCUGCACCAUGUGA